CGUUCAGAAACCUAUUCCCCAGGGUAGGGAUUAACUUGUCCAGGAAACGUCACGUGACCACCUGGGUAAAUAUGACAGUCGAUGAGAAAUGAAAACCUGCCGAACGGUUGGGGUAAAGACCGAGGGAAAAAAAUGGCAGAAAAUUCCCAAAAAAAUAUAAUUAUUGCUACUGCAAUAGCUAUGGGGACACAAAUGAUAAAAGAUUGUGAAUAUUCGGAAACGUCUUCAUCAGAUAGUGAAAUUGAAGAAUUAUUAAAGAAGUUCACUAAAAAGAAGAUACAGCGUAUUGAGGGAUAUAUUGAGAGAGUUGUAUCAAAUUAUACAAAUCAUGAAUUCCAAUCUCACUUUCGGAUUACACGUACCGCAUUUGAAGUUUUAUUGACAAUUCUUGGUCCAAACUUGGAAAAUAAUUUUGACACUGGUAGGCCAACAACGCCAGUAGAGAAGCAAUUGCUUUCAGUGAUUUGGCUGUUAGCAACUCCUGAUUCUUAUCGGUCUGUUGCAGAAAGAUUUGAUAUUAGCAAAUCCACCUUGUUCGCUUGCUUUGAGCGUGUAAUUGAUACUUUAAAUAGUGUAUCCUCUAAAGUUAUUUGUUGGCCAAGGCAAGAAGAACUUGUAAGAAUAAAAGAAAAAUUUAAAGCAAUGGCUGGUAUUGAUGGUGUUGUUGCAGCAGUUGAUGGAACGUAUGUGCCAAUAAAAGCACCCUCGGAAAAUCCAGACGUUUAUAUUACGCGUUAUCCCGGCUCUGUUCAUGACGCUAGAAUUUUUAGAAAUUCUGAUAUAUAUCACUUAAUCUGUGAAAAUGUUAAUAAAUCUUUUUCCGGGAAUGAAUUUAUUUUAGCAGAUAAAGCUUAUCCGGUUUUAAAUUGGUGUAUUCCUCCAUAUAUUGAUCGAGGAAAUUUAACGAGAGCGCAACGUCAUUUUAAUGAGUUAGUGUCGAAAACUAGACAAAUAAUUGAAAGAGCAUUUGCUUUAUUGUUUGGAAGAUUCCGACGACUAAAGUAUCUUGACAUGAACAGAGUUGAUAUGAUACCUGCAACAGUUAUAGCUUGCUGUAUAUUGCAUAAUAUAUGUAUAGAUAGUGGUGAUGAUUUAUUGAAUGAA